CUGAGGGCCCCCCCGUGGAUUUCUCGAGCACGGUACCUCGCAAGGGGGGCCAUGGGGGGGGCCUCCUCGAACUGGAGACAUGAUUUCUUCUCCGUAGCCAUACUUGCAUAGAGUUGUUUUUGCUGGCUGGCAUCCCGCCCUUUCCAGCGCCAUCUCCAGCAGGCGCCAGUGGCGCCGACGAUUUGCCCUCGUCCCCGUCCCGAGGCUUCUGGCCCAGAGAAAAUCCCGAUGGCGUCCGCGGCUUCUGGCUCCGAGGAGAUCCCGAUGGCGCGCGCGGCGUCGAGCUCCACGGGCAUCCCGAUGGCGCCCGCGGCUUCUGGCUCCAAGGGCGCCCUGGUGCCGAUGGCGGACGCCGCGGACGCCCAUACAGAUAUUUUCUCAGACGGCGAAGCCCCCCCCCCCUUUUUUCAAGGGGGGGCUUCAGCGUGGGUGUCGGUAGCGACGGCGACGACGACGGCGACGGCAUGCUGCUGCCCGCCAUCAGCGACGACGAGAAGUACCCGGCGCGCAUCCAGAGCGCCCUGGUUCCCGGGGACCGCGGCGAGACCGGCGGCGACGUUGUGCCGAUGAUUGCUGGCCCAAUGGUGCGGGCCAUUCCAGCCCCAAGUCCUCUCGCUCGCAUUGCUCUCGAAGGCGGCGUCGCUGAUUCUCCCCCGAAUAAGUUGCCAGACGUGGCCCGCGUGAUGCCCGGGGCCGACAUGUCGCGCACGGGGCGCGUCGACGCGCGGGGCAAGACGCAGCCAGUCAUCGGCCCCCCGAAGCGGAUACGCAGUUGGGAUGACGACGAGGGGGCGUUCUCAACCUGGAAGCCGGCGCGCGCGAUCAAGAGCUUCAAGCAUUCCAAGUGUCUCUUCGUCGUGAACCCAGGUGCCGACGCGGAGCGCGAGGGCGCCCGUGAUAGGCGGGUUCCAGUGGCUGAAGGUUCGCCCCUGCCAGACAGCGUCGCAGGUUUCGCGGCCUCGAUCUUGGCGAGGGCCACUUUCGUGCGCAAUAGCUGCCAGCUGUCUUACGUUAGCCAGCUCGAGUGAGCAGCGGAUAAGGGGGGGGGCGAG